AUGGGUAUAGUAGCCAUCUUGGUGUUUUACACUGUCCUUGACAAGAUAAAAACAACUUUAACAUUUCUAGAAUCCAAAGUGAAAGAAUUUAAAUACAUGCAAAACCAUCAUGUGAAGGAAAUUGGAGAUAUUAAAGAAGAUGUUUUUAAUUUGGAGAAAUACAUUAAACAACAGUUUGCAGAAUUGCACCAGUUUCUCCUAGACAAGGAAGAACAACUCAUCCAGCAGCUGAAGAAUGACGAAGCAAAUACUCUAAAACGGAUGGAAGGAAAUCUCGAGUGCAUUAAACAAGAGAUAGUUACCUACCUUGUGACAGACUCUGAUGGCAACUUGGUGGACAAGAUUAAAGAAGAGGACAGCCUGAAAAUAAUGGAAGAAAAUGUUAAAUCGGUUGAAAAUGAUGCUGUGGCCAUUAACAGCAUUAGUCACAGCAACAUGGAGAUCAUACAACCGGAACCAGUGCUAACAGAAGAUGUUUUUAAUUUGGAGAGAUACAUUAAACAACAAUUUGCAGAAUUGCACCAGUUUCUCCUAGACAAGGAACAACAACUCAUCCAGCAGCUGAAGAAUGACGAAGCAAAUACUCUAAAAUGGAUGGAAGGAAGUCUUGAGUGCAUUAAACAAGAGAUCGUUACCUACCUUGUGACAGACUCCGAUGGCAACUUGGAGGACAAGAUUAAAGAAGAGGACAGCCUGAAAAUAAUGGAAGAAAAUGUUAAAUCUGUUGAAAAUUAUGCUGUGGCCAUUAAGGGCGUUAGUCACAGCAACAUGGAGAUCAGACAACCGGAACCUGUUGGUUUGCUAACUGUACCAGAAACCUUUGAAGAUGUCACUGUUACUUUCUCAGAAGAGGAGUGGAAAAUAUUAAGGAAACAAGAUAAGGAGCUGUACAGAGACGUGAUGGUACAGAACUACGAAACCUGUGUUUCUGUUGGAUACAAAAUUCCUCCAGAGAAGUUAUUACAGCUAUUUAAAGCAGAUGAAGUUCCAAAGGAUAUUGUGACGGGAAUAAAUAUCAGGAAGCAGAAGGAUCAUUUUGAAGAGACCUUCAACAGUAUGAAGAGUACAGACUGCAAUGUGAAUUGCAGACAACAGCCAACACUUGUGAGAUCACAGUUACAUGACCCUACAAGGAACCUCCAGCAGAGGUCUCAGCCUGGAAAGGACAUUGACGAGGUUUAUGUCACUCAUGUACCACAGCUUCCAUCAGAGCAUCAGUGCCACCAAACCCCUGAAUGUGACAAUGGAACACCUGUGGCCCAUCACCUGAUAUAG